AUGUAUGACAGAAUACUCGAGUCCGACUUCGGCUUGGGCGGAGGAGGCGGGACGUCGUCGUCCACUAGGUCAAUGAUAUCGGCGAGCUCGUCUUCCUCCUUCAGCCGCGGGCCCUUUUGCGAGCCGGCCUUCGCCUGCCGUUCGAUAUCGUCCAGGUCUGCUGCGCCUUCCUCGAAGGGGUCGGAGAAGGCGUCCGAGUCGAUCGGUAUCGGGUUGGGGCGCUGUCUGUUGGCGGGCUGUUGUUGGGUGGUCGUCGUCCGUUGGCGUUUGAGUGCGCGGGCUGCUGGCUGGGCCGCGGCGGCGGCAGGUCGCGACGACGAUGACGACGCCCCCGCCAAGGACGAGGCCGCGGCGGCGGCAGCGGCGCGCUUGCGGGUCACGACGGGCAUGGCUGCGGUGGAGGGGUCGACGGGAGUAGGUGUUUGGCUCCCCGCGCGUUCCCUCUUGACGUCAAGACGAGAGCCGGAGCGGUCGCUGGGGCUGGAGGGGCUGCUGUUCCGGGGGCGUCGGCUCGAGCGCGGGCGUGGCGAGGGACUGGUGUCGGCAAGACUCGAAAGUAGCCUCUCGAGCCUCGUUUGCUGCUCUAGACCCUGCCUCGGCGGCAUUAAAGGUGGUGCGGCUGGUAAAGGUGGUAGCCUGGAAGGGAAGGAAGGAUCGGCGAAGCUGAAGCUGGGCGGCGAGUGCAGCUGCGGGCUCGGUCGGGCGGCGAGCAGGCCCGCAAAGCCGGUUGGUGGGGGAGGCGAGGAGAAGAUGGGCCCGGCGGCGUGCAGGAACAGAUGCGAGGUGACGGGCGACGGGCCGAGCGAAGGCUGUGGUAGUGGCAGAGGAAAUGCGGGCACGUGGAGGAGAGGGUGCCUGGCCUGA